AUGGUUCGUGGGUUGGACGAGGAAGAAUGUGACUUUCUGAAGAGGGUUGAUGAAAUUAAGGCAAAAGAGGAGAUCGAGAAAAAGAAGGAGGAGGAGGCAAUUUUGAGUGAAAUGGCGCGUUCGCGGUCGCCUGAAGUCUCCCAGGAAACCACGGCCGUAGUUUCUCAUAUAUCAACUGUACCUCCUAGACUGAAUGGCGUAACCCCGACACCCAGUCGACAAGCGGCAAUACUUCAUGGCGCUAUUAAGAGAAAAAGUGAUAUCGAAGAAGAAAACGUUGUGGCAAAGCGUCGCCCAGUACCAAGCGCAAUGAAAGUUUCUUACGUGCGCCCAUCAGCAUACGAAAUGAUUGGUGUAUUACCGGGAAUGGCUGACUACGCAUCCUCAAAGUAUGUUGUAAUAUGUAUAUUCAUUAUGUAUAUUCAUUACUAUUAA